AUUAAACGUGUAUACACAAUCAGACCACGAACCAAGCGACGACCAACAGCGAUCAGGCCAAUACGGAGCUAAAGCAAAACAGACGAAAUCAAAAUAAAUUAAAAAUACAAUUUUUUGUGCGAAACCGGUGAAAAGUUGAAAAUAUUUUCCACCGAAAAGUGCGACGAAGUAGUGAAUACAAGUAUAUACAUACAUAUAAACAUUGUAUGUUUAUUGCGAAAUUCUCGACAAUGCCUAUGUGUGGGGAUUUUAGAUUUUCAUAAUUCAGUGGAACUUCUCGACCUAUAGCAACAAACAAAAGACCCCUAAAACAGAACUGAACUAAUUUUUUUUUUUUUUKAAUAUAAAAAGAUAGAGAAACUUUUAAUUAAAAACAUCAAAUUGUGACAACGGUGUUCGUAGACGUGUACUGCGCUGGUGGUGUCGCGGAGUGUCAACGCUUUGGCACACGCGGUCUCAUACUUUCGCCGCGUUGGUCACUUCCCGUCCACGCCGCUGAAUCAUCCGUCUAAAUUCUGUCUGUGUGCGCAGCGUCUUUUCGCAAAAAUAUUGAACGCAAAUCGCAAACUAGAAUUUGAAAAUCGUGCCGCUCCAAAUUUCAGAACAGAAACUAAUUAAAAUAUAAGGCCAAAAUGACGAAAGAGCAAGCAACCGCAAUACCAGAAGAGCUGUACAAUCUCACACAGUUGGCUGAGGUUACACUGGCUGCCGGACGACUCAGCACAACUAAUAUAACAGAAAUUAAAGACUACAUAAAACGUCACAAGGCAUUGGAGUAUCUUGCCGAUGAGACAACAGCCCCGAAACCUGCCAACGUGCCUCAAAUAUCAGAACCCUCAAGCGCGAUAGCAAAACCAGUAAACAGCUUGAACAAUGACUACGAUAAUAGCUUGUGGCACACAAAUCAAGAGUUCAGUGUUAAAAACCAACGUUACGACAACACAGAAUUUCAGAAUAACCAAACGGAUGAUCAUAGUUGUAAUUCCUCUUUGACGGUGCAACGUACCACAUUUUAUUCGUCCUCCGAUGAUGAUUCCAACUACUAUAGCCACAAGGUAUUUGAUCGGAAGAAGUUGCGUCGCUCUACAAUUUCCGAUCACUCACGAUACGAUGAGCACUCGUGCAGCAGCUUGCCUAGCUGCAGUAGUGACGAACAUUUCAUGGGCUCCUCAAGUAAUUCAAGCAACUCAGAGGGCAGCAAAUUGAGCGAUGGUGCCGAGGGCAGUGCCCAUGGCGUUAAUUUACUCGACUAUGAACACAUAUGUCCGGAAUGCGGCAAGAAGUACUCGACAUCGUCCAACUUGGCAAGGCAUCGACAAACACACAGGUCAAUCAUGGACAAGAAGGCGCGACGAUGUCCGUACUGUGAGAAGGUCUACGUCUCAAUGCCCGCCUUCAGUAUGCAUGUGCGCACACAUAACCAGGGUUGCGAAUGUCAGUACUGUGGUAAAUGCUUCUCUCGUCCGUGGCUGUUGCAAGGUCACAUACGAACGCAUACUGGUGAGAAACCCUUCAAGUGCAGCGUUUGCAACAAAGCUUUCGCCGAUAAAUCCAAUCUGCGCGCUCACAUACAAACCCAUUCGAAUACGAAGCCUCAUACCUGCGCCCGCUGUGGCAAGGCGUUUGCGCUAAAGUCCUAUCUGUACAAACACGAGGAAUCUUCGUGUAUGAAAAACCAUCAACGUAAUGGCGAACGUAGUGAGGCGCGCCCAAUCAGAAAUUCAGCAAAUACGACGAACGCUCCUAUCGUUAAAAGCCAGAACACGCACUCGUUGACGGACUCUGCCAAGUCCACGUUAGCCACAAAACUAUUGCAGAAAGAGAAAGAUCGACGUCAAGCCGGCACACUCACCUAUGGUGAAAUUCUGCCGGAAACCAUACACAAGCCACUUGAAAUCACCACCAUUUUGACGUUAACUGACAACAACUGCACCAUGAAGACGAAUGUGGCGCAUGAGAAGUCAUAUACAAUGCUCACAAGCCCCAUGUCUCAGGAAGAAUAUGAGCGCUUUAAGCGCAUAAGCGUCAUACAGACGGCAACCCCAAGUGAUAUUGUCUACCGCGACCAUGGAAUUGGACCCACCGGCAUUGCUAAUGCCGCAACGCACAUCCCCUUACAAUUUUGUAAUGCGGACAAUGAGCAUCCACAACAGGUACAAGAUCAACCGGUUGACUUUUCGCCAAAAAAUAAUUUUACGCAUUCGACAAAGACCAGCCCCUUUGAGUUGACCGGCAAUUAUGCAAUCUUGGCUUAGUGCAGAGGCACGUAAACGUUGAAAAUAGUUCAAAAAGACAAUGACAAAUUUGAAAUAGUUAGACUGUUGGUAUGUAUGAAAACUCUGGAGCUUCACUAUAGAUGUGUCCAGAUUCAGAGGUUAAAAUAUUACAUAGAAAAGACGUGAAUGUUACGAAUUGGUUUUGAUGAAAAAAAAGUAAAUUUCGAAUUUUAUAAAAUGUUUCGUGCUCACAAUCAAUUGCUAACAAAGUUCUAAGAAAGAAGUGAGAAGUAACUCAACAAUCUGAUAUAAUGAAGAGAACGUAAAUUAAGUCGAAUGUGAACUUUGAAAGAGUCCCACAGAAUUGUGGAAUUUGUUGAAGACCUCUUUAAUUAACUGACUGAAUUAUUGUGAAAAUUGAAAAGAUUUUCAAAAGUGAUUUUGAAAUACUAAAUUUCAAUCUAGUCAGUACUUCUACAACCACUAAAAAGUGGACUGCUGCUUAAAACUUUGUAAGCAUUUGAAAUGGCGAGACUCAUUGGACCAAACACAAAAUAAAUAAAGAAAAUAUUGAUUAAAAAAAAAAUUAUUUAACUGAAAAAUAUAUACUCUGGUAGUUUAGUAGAAAACUGAUUGUGAUAAUUAUAAAAAGAUUAGUCUUAGCUCAUUACAAACUACGCCAUAAGCCUUUGUUUGCUUAAGCAUAUAAGAAAAUUGCUUAAAAUUGGCAGCACUUGUAAUACAAACAAAUUAAUCAAAUUGUUUAAUACUAUAAAUAUAUAAUUUUACAAAAAAACAAAAAAACAAAAAAACAAAAAAAUUAAAAUAUCAUAUUAUCAUAUUUGGAAUUCAUAGACGUAUAAUUGGGUAUAUGCAGUUAGUUUAAGUAUAUAUUUUUAAAACUUUUAAAUAUAAAGCAAUGUAUGAGCCCAAUUAAUCUUAAGAUUUUUAACCCAGUGCCGUAAAACUUUUAUUUACCGUUAAAAAUAUUACCCUAUUUGAAUGGUAAACAAAGCGCAAACCAAUUUUCAUAUACUGAAACUCACAAAAAAAAAAA